AUGCCGCCCGGCGCGCCAGCAGUAUCGAAAUGUCCGCUCCGGACCAUCAGGGAGAUCCAGUUCGGGCUGCUCUCCCCCGAGGAGAUCAAGGCCAUGAGCGUGGUGCACAUCAUCUACCCUGAGACCAUGGAUGAGGACAACAAGAAGCCCCGCGAGCAAGGUCUCAACGACCCCAAGCUCGGCACCAUCGACCGCAUGUACUCUUGCGCGACAUGCAAGGAGGAUAUCCAGGUCUGCCCCGGACAUUUUGGCCACAUCGAGCUGGCCACCCCCGUCUUCCAUGUCGGUUUCGUUGUGAAGAUCAAGAAGAUUCUUGAGACGGUGUGCCACAGUUGCGGCUUGAUCCUCGCUGAUACCAACCAUCCAGACUGGGAUCAGGCUAUGAAGACCAAGGAUGCGAAGCGGCGAUUUGACAAGAUUUGGCGCAUGUCCCGCACACGGCGAGUCUGCGAGCAGGACACCACUGAAGAGGACCCUAAGAAAGCCCGUCGUCCCCACGGCGGCUGUGGCAAUCCGCAGCCAGACACUAUCCGCAAGGAGGGUCUUAAGCUCACCGGCACAUGGAAGGCGAAGAAGAAGGACGAGGAUGACGGCCAAGGCGACCGCAAGGAGGUCAUUACCCCGCAAACAGCUCUGAACAUCUUUAAGCUGCUCUCCGACGGGACGCUCCAGAUGCUCGGUUUGAACAAGGACUACGCUCGCCCGGAGUGGAUGAUCCUUACAGUUCUGCCUGUUCCUCCGCCACCGGUCCGUCCCAGUAUCUCGGUCGACGGUACAGGACAGGGUAUGCGUGGUGAAGACGAUCUGACAUACAAGCUCGGCGACAUCAUUCGCGCCAACAGUCGUGUUCUGCAAUGCAUUCAGGACGGCUCACCGCAGCACGUUCUGACUGAGUUCGAUACCCUCCUCCAGUACCAUUGCGCGACAUACAUGGACAACGACGCAAACGGUGUACCACAGGCCAUGCAGAAGUCUGGCCGUCCCCUCAAAACUAUUCGUGGUCGUCUAAAGGGCAAAGAGGGUCGUCUCCGUGGUAACUUGAUGGGUAAGCGUGUCGACUUUUCCGCGCGUACUGUCAUCACCGGUGACCCCAACCUUUCGCUGGACCAGGUCGGUGUGCCGCGUUCGAUUGCCCGCACACUCACUUACCCCGAGGUUGUUACUAAGUUCAACAUCAGCAAGUUGACUGGCUUGGUACGCAAUGGUCCCAACCAGCAUCCUGGUGCCAACUACGUGAUCAAGGCCGACGGAGUACGUCUCGAUCUCAAGCACAACAAGAACCUCGAUGACCUGCGACUGCAGUACGGAUGGAAGGUCGAGCGCCAUAUCAACGACGAUGACGUUAUCAUCUUCAACCGUCAGCCCUCUCUGCACAAGGAGUCCAUGAUGGGUCACCGUGUUAAGGUCAUGCCUUACUCCACUUUCCGCCUCAACUUAUCUGUUACAUCUCCAUACAACGCCGAUUUCGAUGGUGACGAGAUGAACUUGCACGUUCCGCAGAGCGACGAAACUCGCGCUGAGGUUCAAAACCUGUGCAUGGUCCCUAAGCAGAUUGUGUCGCCCCAGAAGAACUCCCCUCUUAUGGGUAUUGUGCAGGAUACGCUAUUGGGUGCUUACAAGAUGACUCGCAAGGACUCGUUUCUGCCUAUCGAACAGGUCAUGAACAUCAUGAUGUGGGUGCCAGAAUGGGACGGCAUUGUCCCAGAGCCAGCGAUCCUGAAGCCUCGUCCCAUGUGGACUGGUAAGCAGAUCAUGAGCAUGGCCAUUGCUAAGGAGGUCAACAUUGUCAAGCUUGACGAUGACUCAGUACCUGGGCCAUGGAACGAUAUUGCCGACAAGAGUCUGAUGAUCAUGGGUGGUCAGCUCAUCUUCGGACAGAUCACGAAGAAGGUUGUCGGUGCCACAGCUGGCGGUGUCAUUCACAUCAUCUUCAACGAGUUGAGCCCUCUGGAUGCAGUAGCAUUCUUCAACGCUUGUCAGCGCGUUGUCUGCUACUGGUUGUUGCAUCACGGCUUCAGUAUGGGUGUGGGUGACGCCAUCCCCGACCCAGCUACUUCUGAAAAGAUCGCUGAGUGCAUCGCGAAGUCGAAGAAGGAUGUCGAGGACAUCAUUCUCACAGCCACUCAAGACAAGCUCGAGUCUCUUCCAGGUAUGACCAUUCGUGGUACUUUUGAAUCGAAGGUUCAGAAGUACUUGAACGAAGGUCGUGAGGGUGGUGGUACCGCUGCUCAGAACAGUUUGAAGCAUUUCAACAACGUUGUCAACACUGUCAUCUCUGGUUCCAAGGGUUCUACAGUCAACAUCUCUCAGAUGGUGUCUCUCGUCGGUCAACAAGCCGUCGAAGGUCAACGUAUCCCUUUCGGUUUCAAGUACCGUACCCUACCACAUUUCACCAAGGAUGACUACUCGCCAGAGUCCCGAGGUUUUGUUGAAAACUCAUACCUUCGCGGUCUGACACCCUCGGAGUUCUUCUUCCACGCUAUGGCUGGUCGAGAGGGUCUUAUCGACACAGCCGUCAAGACUGCAGAGACAGGUUACAUUCAGCGUCGUCUCGUCAAGGCGCUCGAAGAUGUCAUGGUCAAGUACGACGGUACUGUACGUAACUCCAUGGGCGACAUCGUGGAGUUCAUCUACGGUGAGGAUGGUCUUGAUGGCGCACACAUCGAGAAGCAAAAGCUUGACAUUAUCACUUCUUCGGAGGCGAAGUUCGAGAAGACGUUCAAGCUCGACGUUGUCAGCUCAGGAAAGCCUCCCAUCCCAAUCAGUCAGCUCGAGGUUGCGGCUGAGAUCCAGGGUGAUGUCGAGGUUCAGCAAUAUCUUGACGAGGAGUUUGAUACGAUCAAGGUCGAUCGCGAGUACCUUCGUUCUAUCAUCGACGACGAUGACAGCCAGCAAUUCCAGCUGCCUCUCAACAUCCAGCGUAUGAUCGAGUCGGCGCAAGCACGCUUCGGCAUCAAGCCACAGCAGGACCGCAGCAACCUUGAGCCGGUUGAGACUAUCACCAAGGUCCGCGAACUCUUGGAUCGUCUUGUGGUCAUUCGUGGUGAUGAUCAGAUCUCCAAGGAAGCCCAGGCGAGUGCGACUUACCUGUUCAAGUCGCAUCUGCGAUCUCGCCUUGCUUUCAAGCGUCUCGUGGUGGAGUACCGCUUGAACAAGAAGGCUCUGGACUACGUUCUCGGUGAGCUUGAGGAACGUUUCCUCAAGGCUGCGGUUGCUCCUGGUGAGAUGGUCGGUGUUUUGGCUGCUCAGUCCAUUGGUGAGCCGGCUACACAGAUGACGCUCAAUACUUUCCAUUUUGCUGGUGUAUCCUCCAAGAACGUCACUCUCGGUGUGCCUCGCCUCAAGGAAAUUCUCAACAUCGCUGCGAACAUCAAGACACCAUCCAUGCUUGUCAGACAAGAGGACGCGCGCGGUAACCAGCAGGCCGCAAAGCGUCUGCGGUCCCGUAUCGAACUCACUACUCUGCGCUCGCUUACGCAUGCAGUGGAGCUAUACUACGACCCUCAAGUCAAGGAGACCCUCAUCGAGGCAGACGAAGACAUGGUUGAGUCCUACUUCGUCUUCGGUGAGGGCGACGAGAACCUCGAACAGCAGUCCAAGUGGCUCCUCCGCAUCGUUCUGGACCGCAAGAAGCUGCUCGACAGGGAGAUCUCUAUCUCUGAAGUAGCUAACACCAUCAAGGAGGAGUUCAAGCCUAACCUAGCUGUUAUCUUCAGUGACGAGAACGCGGACGAACAGAUCAUUCGUGUUCGAUUCAUUUGGGAUAGCAACCUCCAGAAGGAUGAAGAUGACGAAGACGAGCGUGACGAGCGAUGGAUGCGCAAGCUUGAGAAGCAUCUCCUUGACGAUGUCACCCUGCGUGGUGUACGUGGUAUCGAGCGUGCUUUCAUUCGUGAGCUGAAGGUUGUUGCUGAGAACGAUGAUCGUUCUUUGAUUCUUUCUAAGAAUGAUGCUCGCUGUAACGAGUGGGUUUUGGACACGACCGGCACUGCUCUGGCAGAUGUUCUUGCUAUCGAGGGUGUCGACUCCUCAAAGACAUACUGUAAUUCCUUCAUCGAGAUCCUCGGUGUUCUCGGUAUUGAAGCAGCUCGUGCUGGUCUUCUCAAAGAGUUGGGUAUGGUCUUGUCCUUCGAUGGUUCCUACGUCAACCAUCGUCACAUGGCCCUGCUCGUCGACAUCAUGACCCAACGUGGUCUUCUCAUGGCUAUCACGCGUCACGGAAUCAACCGUAACGACACUGGUGCUCUCAUGCGUUGUUCCUUCGAGGAGACUGUUGAGAUUCUCCUUGAGGCUGCUGGCUUCGGUGAGCUUGACGACUGCCGUGGUGUGUCUGAGAACAUCAUGCUCGGUCAGCUUGCACCUAUGGGUACUGGAGAGUUCGACAUUGUCAUGGACAACUCCAUGCUUCUGACUAUGGUGGAAGACAACUCGAAGGUCAUGGGCGGCGCGGCAGCUGCUGGCAACUACCUGGACAAUGGUGCUGCAACCCCGUACGACCUGGGCUCUCCUACGUACGAGGGUGGUAUGGGUAUGGGUGGUUACGAUGCUUCCUUCUCGCCACUUGCCGCUGCUGGUGGCGACAAUGCAGGUGGCUUCAGCGAGUACCAGCCCAACUUCGACAACGGUGGAUUCAGCCCGUUCACUUCAGGCAGAAGCCCAGGCUACGCUCCAAUGUCUCCAGGCUUUUCAGGCGCCAGCCCAACAUCUCCAGGCUACUCGCCCACUUCGCCAGGAUACUCGCCCACCUCGCCAGGCAUCAGCAGCCCUCGCUUCGGUGCGACCUCCCCAGGCUAUGCAGCUACCAGCCCACAGUACUCGCCUACAUCGCCGAGCUACUCGCCAACCUCGCCUGCGUAUGGAUCUCCCACUUCGCCGUCGUACUCUCCAACGUCGCCCAGCUACUCACCGACGUCGCCCAGCUACUCGCCUACGUCGCCAAGCUACAGCCCGACAUCGCCUGCGCAUCGUGGUGCUACUUCGCCACACUACAGCCCGACAUCACCUGCGUACAGUCCCACAUCGCCUGCUUACAGCCCGACGAGCCCACAGUUUGGUGCGAACAACGACAGGCGUUCGCCCGCCUCGCCCACAUCGCCGGCAUACAGUCCUGCCAGCCCGCAAUACUCCCCAACAAGCCCCACUGGUAACGCAGCGUACUCGCCCACGUCGCCCAAAUUCUCUCCCACGUCACCGGGUGCGGCACCAUACUCGGCGUCUUCGCCCAAGUGGUCGCCAACAAGCCCGUCUUACUCGCCUUCGUAA